GAACUUUUGAGUGUCCACUUCUCAAGUCCCAUGCACUGCAGUGUGUGGAACUCUCCCAUCUGCAAUAUUCCAUAGUCAAUGGUCAUAUCAAUAGAUGGUCAUGCAGAGGGGAAAGUCAAACCAAGCGCAGUGGUCACCCUGCUUUUUACACUCAAUCAGUAACUGUUUUUCUUCUUUGUAUUUACCUUGAGUCGAUGCUGAGACUGACCGCAUACUUCAGAUAAGUUCAUAAAUAGAUACGAUCCAACACACUAUGAUCGGCUUGCUGCUUCACCUACUCAAGUUCUUGCCGGUGCCAAUUGACCCACGAUCGCAAUGGAAGAAAGUAGCAGCAUUAAAACAGAAGGAGCGGGCCGAUCGACUGAUGGAGAUUCUAAAUGACCCAAACGAGUUAUCGAGCAACCUCAAUGCGUUCGAACUGACCAUUCUUAGCACGCCGGCCCAUGAGAUCGUUAGUCGGAUCGGCGCGCGGGACUUGAAUUGGAACGCCAAGAACGUUAUGAAGGCCUUCAUAAAAGCUGCGAUCCACGCUCACGUCGAAACCAAUUGUCUCACAGAAAUAUUAUUUAAGGAAGCGCUAGAGAGAGCAGAGCAGCUGGACAAGGAAUUCGAAGCUACUGGUCGGUUGAGGGGGAGACUACAUGGGAUUCCGGUCAGCUUGAAGGAUCAAGUCAAUGUUCAAGGCUUUGAUUCAACAAUCGGAUUUACUAAAUUUGUGAAUCAACCCGCCGCCGAAAACGCCCCGGUGGUCGAUCGCUUGAUCGAGGAAGGCGCCAUUCCUUUCACAAAAACAAAUGUUCCUCAAUCACUGUUUGCCUUUGAAUGCUCUAACCCAAUAUUCGGAUACACUCACAAUCCUCACAAGCAUGGCUUGACAUGUGGCGGUAGCUCGGGUGGUGAAGCAGCUUUACUUGCCAGUGAUGGUAGCUGCAUGGGUAUAGGCUCCGAUAUAGGCGGAAGUCUUCGAAUUCCGGCCCACUACUCAGGGUGCUACAGUUUAAAGCCGUGUAGCGGGAGAAUCGUUCAAGACGGUCUUAGAGACUGCGAUGAUGGGUACACAGAAAUCUUAGGUGUGAUUGGGCCAAUGGCUCGCUGCUGGGAAGAUCUUGUGCUGCUGAGUAAAGUGAUGCUCCACAAACCAGACCCCAUGACGUCCCGCAAGUUUGGAUUGAUCCCAAUUGAGGAUUUCCGAUAUGAGAUAUUCAACCCAUUGGUUGCUGAAGAUACUCGACCUUCCUUGAAAUUUGGAUUCUUCACAUCCAACAAUUUGAUCGAGGCUAGUAGUCCUUGUCAAAGAGCCGUCAAAGAAACUGUUGAAGCCUUGAGAUUGGGGGGCUAUAACUGCGUGGGCAUUGAUGUCAGUCGUUUAGAUGUCCUUGAAGGAGUCAUCAUUUACGUUGGGCUGUCUAGUGCGGAAGGAUAUCGAACAGGUUUUUCCCAUGUGGGCAGUGAUCCCAUAGAUGCCUCUAUGUUCUUGACAACGAUUGGUUGCAAGCUACCUGGUUGGCUUCGAUGGAUAGUCUGUGGAGUGACAAGAUAUUUUCUGCGGGAUGAAAUCAUGGCCAAAUUGAUCGAAGCCAGCCGAGCCAAGAGCACUACGGAACUGCAGAAGUGGAGAGUGCGAAAAGAUGCUUAUUGUCUAAAAGUCAGAAGUUAUUUAUGGGAAGAAUUAGAGCUGGACGCGUUAAUUUGUCCAACACAGUCUGUUCCCGCUAUUCCCAUUGGAUCUUCCUGGAACAAAUCUUUCCUGGCGGAAUCCACACUCAUUUGGAAUUUAGUAGACUCGACGGUAGGGCACAUCCCAAUCACGCGAGUCAAUGUUCAAAAGGAUCGAACGCCGGACUGACACAGACGCGACAACGAUGGAUCCAAGACACCUUGGGAGGUAUCACAAGUGAAGAACCUGUUGCUCAGUGUUCGAAGAACGUGACAGCUUGCCAGUCGAUUCAAAUCGUAUGUGGCUUUGGGAAGAAGAGAAAACAUUGGCUUUGAUGGGCAUCAUUGUGAAAAGUUGGGAAAGUGUUCCUAAUCAGACUGCUCCCGUAACAAGACCUGGUGAUUUCAUUGGGCAGAAGAAGAGGGUGCAUGACACUAAUUGUAAUUAAGGAACCAAUCAGAACAAUUUCGAAAAAUCAUGACUAUUGGUACAUAAGUUGAUUUGAGUGAGUUUCCGCUUGUGAGCGCGAUAAUACUUCAACA